AUGGUUUUUAUCUCAGCGUACAUCAUCUUGGGUACCCUUCUUGGGACUCAGGCUCUUCUAAACUCGAAUUUUAAUUAUCAAUCCCCAUCCAGAAGAGAGGAGCAUGUCAUUCUCGGUAUCGAUAUUCCUCUGGUAGAGAGAAGGGCCUGGAAGCGCAACUCAGAGGAGUAUGCUCCAGACGAGCUCAAUUUUACCCACGGCAUAGCGUCUGGAGACCCGUGGCCCGAGAGCGUUAUUCUCUGGACACGGAUCGCACCAACCGGAGAGUCUGAUACGAGCAACAUCACUGUCGAAGGUGAUGUCCCUCUCUAUAACCACGAUACGCAGCCCUAUAUUGAUGCCGAUCCUCACCCCAUCUGCCUUGAGUGGUCCGUGUAUAAAUCCAAUAACGGCACGGCCGCGAAGGAAGCGGUGACCAGAGGUACAGCCUUCACAACAUCCGACAUUGAUUUUACUGUCAAGGUCGAAGCAACGGGCCUUGAACCUUUCACAGAUUACUUUUAUCAAUUUAUCGUUUGCAAUUCCGAGAACAAGAGCCCUCUCGGGAAAACCAAAACGGCUCCCCGAGAGGAUGAUCAUCUAGAUGAGAUAUCCUUGGCUGUGUUUUCUUGCAGCAAUUACCGUGAGGAUCUUCAAAUUGCCAAUAAUGGUUACAGAGACGGAUACAGUGACUUGGACAACACUGAGGAGUCCUUCUUGAUCGAUGGACCAAGGAUUAGCGUGGACCAGAGAAAGAUGAAUGCAGUCCGUGCUUAUUUUGAAUGGAUGCCCAUUCGGCAAGUUGAUCUUGAUGACAAUCUUCGAAUUUGGAGAAAUUUCAAAAUGGGAGAUUUGUUUGACCUCAUCAUUCUCGACACGCGAUACUACGACCGCAGUAUCGCUGAUGGUAAGGAGAGCAAAGAUUACAUAGAUCUGAUCCGAUUUGAUGCUGGUCGUUCGAUCAUGGGCAGCAGACAGGAGAAUUGGUUCUUCCGCCAACUGUCAGAGUCUCAAGACCGAGGGGCUGUUUGGCGUGUUGUCGGGAACCAAGUCAUGUUCAGCCAUCGGAUCGAAGAUGCGUCAGGCCAGAUGGCAGGAGAUGACUGGAACGCCUACACGGGGAGCCGGAACAGAACACUCAAGCAUAUCUAUGACAAAGAAAUAAAUAACAACAUUUUCUUGGCUGGCGAUAGUCACCAGAACUGGGUGGCUGAUCUGACCUGGACCGGAAAGAAACCAUAUGAUCCCGACUCUGGCAACGGUUCUGUGGGUGUAGAACUGGCUGGCACCGCAGUCUCAUCCGGUGGUCGUUUGGGGCCCUUGACAUCUUCGGACUCAGGUUCACGAACGGAACUGGAGCGUAAUUCCGUAUUCCAGUGGCAAGAUGGCUAUUACAGGGGAUAUUUCAUUCUUCAUCUCAACCAUGAAAAGAUGACGGCGCAAUUCUUUGGCUCCCCCAGUGUGGCAACUCGUAACGGUUGGGAUUUGCCAUUGGCCAAUUUGACAAUGCUUCCUGGGGUGAAUCACCUUGAGCGGCCAGUGGCAGGCGGAAGAGUUGAGACGGGCGCGUUGAGAGGGGGAGAGGUCAAACAUACGAACCUGACAUUCAACACAGAGGCCAACGAGUGGAAGGUGAUUGGAUUUGAGAAGAUGUAUUUGUAA